GGGGACCGUCUGGGCGAGCGGCUGCGGACUCGUGGGCCGCUGGUGUCCAGGGGCUGGCGCGCCGCGCACCUGGCCCCGAGACUGCGCCUCCGCCCGCCGCGCGUGGUCCGGACGGCGCCGAUCUUCGCGGGCCGCUGCGCCCCGGGACGCACGGCGGGGACCCGCGCGGCAGGAAGGGCGCACGGACUUCUUUCCCCUUCCCGAGCGAGCCGCGAGGCUGCGAGUGGCAAGAUGGUGCCCAGCUCUCCGCGCGCGCUCUUCCUCCUGCUGCUGCUCCUUGCCUGCCCCGAGUCGCGGGCUUCCCAGAACUGCCUGAGCCAGCAGCAGCUUCUCACAGCCGUGCGCCAGCUGCAGCAGCUGCUCAAGGCGCAGGAGGCGCGCUUCGCCGAGGCCAUGCGCAGCGCCCGAAGCCGCCUGGCCGCGCUGCAGAGCUCGAUGGGCCGCCUGGCGCCCGCCGCCCCUCCAGCCUCCUGCCCGCCUCUCAGCGCCCCUCUGGAUGGCAGAAAGUUUGGAAGCAAAUACUUAGUGGACCACGAGGUCCAUUUCACCUGCAACCCAGGCUUCCGGCUGGUCGGGCCCAGCAGCGUCGUGUGUCUCCCCAAUGGCACCUGGACAGCAGAGCAGCCCCGCUGCCGAGAGAUCAGCGAGUGUGCUAGCCAGCCUUGUCAACACGGAGGGACAUGCAUAGAAGGAGUCAACCAGUUCAGAUGCCUCUGUCCCCCAGGAAGGACUGGGGUCCGCUGCCAGCAUCAGGGCCAGACUGCGGCCCCCGAGGUCGGCGUGGCUAGCGACUCCGCCUUCAGCCGCGCGCCCCGCUGCGCACAGGUGGAGCGGGCGCAGCACUGCAGCUGUGAAGCCGGAUUCCACCUGAGCGGCGCCGCGGCUGGCGACGGCGUGUGCCAGGACGUGAACGAGUGCGAGCUGUACGCGCAGGAAGGGCGCCCCCGGCUCUGCAUGCACGCGUGCGUGAACACCCCCGGCUCCUACCGUUGCUCCUGCCCCAGCGGGUACCAAACUCUGGCGGACGGGAAGAGCUGCGAGGAUGUAGAUGAGUGUGCUGGGACGCAGCACGUGUGCCCCCGGGAGACCACGUGCAUCAACACCGGGGGUGGCUUCCAGUGCGUCAGCCCCGAGUGCCCCGAGGGCAACGACAACGUGAGCUACGUGAAGACCUCGCCCUUCCAGUGUGAGCGAAACCCCUGCCCCAUGGACAGCAGAGCCUGCCGCAGUAUGCCCAAGACCAUCUCCUUCCAUUACCUCUCUCUUCCCUCCAACCUGAAGACACCCAUCACGCUCUUCCGCAUGGCCACAGCCUCAGCCCCCAGCCGAUCCGGGCCCAACAGCCUGCGGUUUGGGAUCGUGGGUGGGAACAGCCGCGGCUACUUCGUGAUGCAGCGUUCCGACCGGCAGACAGGGGAGCUGAUCCUCGUCCAGACCCUGGAGGGGCCUCAGACGCUGGAGGUGGACGUGGACAUGUCGGAAUACCUGGACCGCUCUUUUCAGGCUAACCACGUGUCCAAGGUCACCAUCUUUGUGUCCCCAUAUGACUUCUAAGAGUGCCAUGGGGAGCACAAGGGUGCAGAGAUCUGGGCUGAUUUCUCUUCCCCCAAGGACUCAGGUGGGGACACAGACUGCGACAGACAUCUAUCUCCUCUGCCUGGUCCUUGCCCACAUCCCUGCUUUGCCCAGGUUUCUAGGGUAGCACCACACUGUCCCACAGGGUGACAUGGAAAUCCAAGCUUCCGCCAUCAUGGUUGUAUGAGUUUGCCCUAGCUGGGGGGCAGACCUGGGGAUGUGAGCCUGACACAGUGACGGCCAUUCCGCACUGUUACAGCCAAGACUCAUCAGGAACACAAUGCUUGCCACUAUGCUGGGGGUCCAGCCAGGCCCCUGUGUGCUUAGGAAGCAGGCAGAGUUUCCUCCCACGCUGGGCACGUGGUUCCUGUCCAUGCUCCCUCUGCGACACACCUGCCAGCCUUCUGAAUGGAGAGUCUGGGAGGGCCAAUUACCCACACACAUCCUUCAGAUGAAGGAACUGAUGUGAAAGCAUGGUUUCGGCCCAAAUGACUUCCCUUUAGGGAAACUGUAUCUCAAGAACAUAACCUAAGGUCUGGGGAUUUAGCUCAACGGCAUAAGCACCUGCCUUGCAAGCAGGCAGUCGUGAGUUCGACCCUCAGUACCGAUUUAAAAAAAAAAAAAGAAGAAGAACAUAACCUGGUACCAUAAGUGAAGAAAUAAACUCAGUAGCGCCUCCCUGUCCUUCUGACUUCUUGAGCACGACAGCCCAGUUCCUCCUGUCUGGGAUGGAUGGGCUGGAAUAAAUGAGCAGGAGAACCCAAAGGCAUUGUUUAAGAUUGUCUGAAUUUGUCUUGGCCACUUGGGGGAUUGGUAAGGACAUCCAGCCAUGGAGAGUUUAGGAAAACAGUCAAAUUACCAUCAAGUCCACAGCCACCUUCUUCUGCUGGGAGAAGCCAGAGGUGACGCCUUCCAGGCGACUGAAAGAGGAAAAUUCUGGCCAGGGCUGAGAUGGGAUGGAGAGAGGGACGCUCGAGCUAAAACUCCACAGCUGGCUUACUGGUGAGGGAAGCUUAAUACUCAAAUGCGUGUUAGUCUACCAGGGAGACUUCUUCACGUAUUUUAUUUUAAAAUGCUUCCCAUUUGCCCUGGUGGGAAGUAGAGGCAAGGACAUGAGCUGCCAGCUGAGUGGUCAAACCCCAGACAAAGGUUGCUUCCAGGAUGCUUUAUCUGGUUUUGUGGGAGGAAGGACACACAGUCAACAGUGUGUCCUUUUGAAAUUUUCUUCUCUUCCCCUGGGCUCAGCUGGAACCUAACAAGAGAACAAAGAUCUUCGAACUUGCUCUUUCUGGGUUGCUACAAGACUUAUUAAAAUAUUAUCUUAUUCUUA